AUGGCAGCACGGGCCGACCAGGCCCGCCUGGCUCGGUACGCCCACGCCGCCAAGCUGCAGCAGGCCGGCCAUGGCGCCGCCGCCACCCUACCACCACCGCCCCAGCACCACCAGAUCCCGGGAACACCGUUGCCUGACAGGGGGAGCUACAGCCAGCCCAGCCCAGAUGGGGCCCAGAUCUGUGCGGAGCAGGAUCCGCCACCACCACCCCGGCCGCGUCGUGCCGCCGCCAACAGCGAUGCCGCCGCGUCUCCGACCACCCCAACGCGCGGAAACCAUGCCGCUGCACCAGACCGCCGCCGCCUGAGUCCACCGCCGCCAUCCCGAGGCCCCCUCGCCCCCGUCAGGCCGCGGGUAAAGUCUGGCCUGCCACCACCGGCACCGCACGGGCACGGCCCGGCGGUGCACGCCGACGGCAGCGGCAGGGGAGAGGAGGGGAGGGGGAGCUGGGCGCUAGAGAGGAGAAGCGCGCCCGGCCGCCGCAGGGGGGCGGCGCGGGUCGCGAGAGGGGAGAGGGGGAGUUGUUCCAAAGACUAG